AUGAGUUCUUCCGAGACUACAAAGGCAACAGAGUCAGCCGUUAAGACCGCUCAAGACCUAGUGUCGCAAUUGACUGACAAGAAUCAAAACUCUUCAGAUACUGGAAAGAAUACUACUUCCAUAGACAAGUCCAUUGGAUCUGAACAGUCUGAAAAAGUAACACCAACAAUUGAAAAAGAUUAUGCUCCGGCUGAAGACCAACAUAACAAAGAAGAUGAGGAUGACGAUGAGGAAGAAGACAAUGAUCUCACUCCUACUCCUAGCACUGCCUUUCAAGCUCCUAAGCUACCACCUAGAAAUGUCACAGGAAAGGUUGGUCUUGGCAAUGACGAUGAUACUAAGGAUGAAGACGAAGACGAAGACGAAGACGAUUCUAAUAGCACUACUUUGUCGGCUCCUGAAAUUAUAAGACAGGCUGCUAAGGAUGCUGCCAAGUACAAUGAUUAUAUAUCAUAUGCUACAGUGCUUGAAGAGACAAUGGAGGAUCCCAGUCGAUACUCUGAUGAUGAAAGACAGGAAAUUCUCGAGGCUUUGCUCGAGGUUCUUGAGGCUGAUAAUGUUUUGGUGCAGGAGAUCGGCUGGGAUUUGCCCAUUCCACUUCUCGAAUAUGUGGAAUCGGAGUAUAACUUUUCAGAAUAUUUGGCUAGCAGUGUUCAUAUUAAACUUGUCAUGAGAAUAUUCACUAUUCUCUGUGAAAGAGGUAAUCCCAAAGAACUGUUUCUCAAGGGUGUUGAGGCCCUUUCUACUAUGCAGGUGUGUUCGGAUGGUGAUGAAGAUGACCCGGAGACUGAGAUUAAGGAACGAUAUGCUGAUAUGAAGUUUUAUUUGGCUUUUGAACUAAUGUUCUUUUCAUUGAGACGAAUCGAUGUUCAGUAUCCAUCAAGAUUCUUAGCUACAGCCAUUACCGUAUUGCUGUCGUUUGUAGCAUCCAAUCUCGAGAACAUGAAACUUCUCUCUUUAGGUGUUUUGCUUCGUAGACUGUUUACCUUUGCCAGAGACUAUGAUACAGGUGUGGAGGUGGGAGAAGAGCCAUCUGUCGACCGAAUUCUACAGUACCCACAGAGUGAGAUUGAUAUCCAACAGAAGCUACUUCAGAGUUUUGUUACUUGGAUUGCUGAUUUCACCUUCCAAAGAUUCUCUGUUCAAUGGGCUCAAAGACUAUACUACGAAUUGAAGACGGAUGCCAGUGGAAACUCUACUCCAUAUGAAUUACAUUUGUACACGGGACGGAUAACCGAGUGUAUUGAACGAUUCUCGCAAUUGACAUAUUCGUUUGAUAUGGAUGUUAUCAAGCUCUUGAAAGAGCUUGUUGAUAAAAAGGAGCCACUAGGUACCCAGCGCGAUCUGAAGACGGACACAAUAAAAGAGGAAGAUGAAGAUAACGAGGCAACAGAAGCUUCUGAACAGGACAAACCCAAGUCCAUGUUUUCAGAUCUGUCAGAAGAAGGUAUUUUCCUUCUUGCUACACAAGUGAGAUUCGACUAUAGACAACAGACAGACAACGACUUGACAUUUUCAGAACUGGUUAAGCUGUCACUUCGAUUCUACCGUAAGUACAGCACCAGCGGAUCCAACACUCCACUUGGUAUCCAAGACGCAUCGCUCUUUUGGGCCCAAUGGCUUGCAAGAAACAUCACCGCUGAAGAAGUACGUAAAAUCCCAUCCGACGAUUUUGCUGCGUACUUGCAAUCGCUGAUGGUUCUUUCAGCGACUUCAUCUGAUAAAGAGUCGAGAUUCAUUGCGUACUCGCUGACUGCCAAGCUGCUAUCACUUCACAACCCUCAAGUGUCGUUUGAUUUUAUUGUCGACACUCUUACAUACUGUCCUUUCGAGAACGUCAAAGAUGCCACGGUGCGUAUUCUCAAGAGUCUAGCACUUCCACGCCGAACUGGAGCCGCCAGCUCUGGUCCUAUUGUGUCACCUGCCCUCAGAAGGGCCUCAGCUACCACAGUUGACAGUCUUUCCGACGGUAUAAGCUCACUGUCCGUCAAUUCGUCAUCACCCACCCCUGACGGUGUCGUUCCUGCUGUGAUUGUUCUCACCAAGGAAAGAACUCAGAUCAUUGAAAAGCUCGUGAAAGGCACCAGCGACGAAGUUCACGAGUCCGGCGGCAUCCUAUCCGACUGCCUACCAGUGCUCCUGUCAUGGAUCAACUUCAUCACCCUCGUCGAAACCGAUAAGCAGUUCCUGACCCAGUUCGUCAGCGACGUGACCAAAUUGCUGGCAGCACCAUCCACCUCUCUCGACGACCGUGCCAAAGAAGCGUACCGCCAGCGCCAGGGCUUCUUGACCCUCUCCCUCGAGAGCCUCAAAAGAAGACGUCUAGACUAA